AUGAACAUUCCCAACUCGUCGACCGCACCCGCUGCGGGAGAGUAUGCUGGAGAUGAGGUCUCAGCGAUCGUUCUCGACCCCGGCUACUCAACUGUACGCGCAGGAUUCGCCGGCGAAGAUGUUCCCAAAUCCGUAUGCCCUUCCUUCUAUGGCCUCACAUCAUCAGGCGACCGUCUGUUCGGCGAGAACGCGAUACACGCUCCAGUCGACGGGCUUGAGAUUAAGAAUUACUGGGGCUCAGAUGGCAUAGUAGAGGACUGGGAGACUGCGACCAAGCUGUGGGAGUAUGCGAUUACAAGCCGACUCACGGGCGCAAAACCGACAGACCCCAAGAAGAACGGGCUGAACGACGGCAACGACGAAAAUGGAAACGGAGAGGCUAUGGAUGUGGACAUGGAGGCACUAGAGAACAACGAGAAGCCCUUGGAAGACAGUCCGCUGCUCGUCACAGAACCAGGCUGGAACAGCGCAAAAGCAAGGGAAAAGUACAUUGAGAUUGCAAUGGAGGAAUGGGGAACCCCUGCCUUCUUCCUACAAAAGACGGGCGUAUUGGCUGCUUUUGCAUCGGGCAAGGCUUCUGGAAUCAUCAUCGACGUCGGCGCCUCCCACACGUCUGUUACGCCUGUCCUCGACGGCAUGGUAUUACGAAAGGGUGUGCAAAAGUCGCCUCUGGCCGGAAACUUUGUCUCUGAUCAGAUCCGGCUGUCGUUCAAGCAGGCGCAACCAGAGGUCCCGCUGAUACCCCAUUUCAUGGUGAAGAGCAAGACGCCCGUCGACGCUGGUGCACCCGCUCAAGCCACGUAUAAGACCUUCUCCACACCGCCUACCGACUCCUUCCGGUUGAAUGAAGAAGAACGCAUUCUGACAUCGUUCAAGGAGUCGGUAGUAGAAGUAUGGCCUGGCCCCGGCCGCUUCAGCACCAACGAGGAGCUAGCAAAGAGCAUGCCCGGCCGACCCUUCGAGAUGCCCGACGGCUGGAACCAAGUAUUUGGCGUGGAGCGAUUCCGCGCCGCCGAAGGCCUCUUCGACGCCUCAGCAGCCCGUACUUCCGACACAAGUCCCGCUCCCAAACCCGAGCAAACAAUUCCCCGCCUCGUCCAGGCUGCCGUCCAGCAAGUCGAUGCUGACCAGCGUCCCCUGUUGCUCUCCAACAUCGUCGUCACGGGCGGUAGCACCCUGCUGUACAAGUUCAACGAGCGCCUCAACUACGAAGUCAACUCCAUCUACCCGUCUACCCGCAACAAGCUUAUUGCCCCCGGCAGCGUGGUGGAGCGCAAGUACGCUGCUUGGAUCGGUGGCAGUAUAUUGGCUAGUCUCGGCAGUUUCCAUCAGCUGUGGAUCUCCAAGAAGGAAUACGAGGAGCAUGGUGCGAAUAUCGUUGAGAAGAGGUGUCGAUAG